AUGUAGUGAGACAUUGACAUCGGUGGAGUGGAGUGAUGUGAUCGCUAUUCUGUAUUGACAAUUGAUGGAAAUACCGAGAGACUUGUGUGGGGUUUAUUUCUUACGAGAAUUUUUCCAAUUACAGAAGAAUCCUUUCGUUUUUUCAUGUAUCCGUGGUGUCAUAAUUCGCUCAAGUUCUCUAACUGAUUCAUCACACUGCAAUGGCUCUUUCUCUUGAGAAAGAGGUUGUUCUAAUUGAAUGCGGUUGCGGCUGUGUGAAACCAAUAGUGAAGCUGUUUUUAUGCAGAUUUUGCAUGAAAAUACGCUGUAGCUAUUGCCUAUGUCAUGAAAUUGAUUGCUGCUUUUGCGCUUAUUGCACUAUGUCAUUACCACCAGGAGAAGCCAGGGUGAAGAAAAAUAGGUGUUCAAGUUGUAUGGAUUGUCCCAGUUGUUUCCAGGCCCUAUCUCUACGAGCAACAUCUGCUGGUAGAGGAGCCAGUUUUGAAGACACCUCAGGGAAAGCGCAAGGUGAUAACGCAAAGGCAACCAAGUAUUAUUAUUUUAGCUGUUCAUUUUGCCGUUGGAGCACGAGGGAUGUUGAUUUGCCAGAUCGGACCAUUGCUAUCGGUGGUUGGCCUGAAAAAGAACAUCCAAAUACCUCCAGAAUCACUGAGCUCAUUGAUUACUACAAAGCUGUAGCAGCUCGUGAUCUCAAAGACAAGAAUAAGAAAAUAGCUCCCAAAACCAAUUAUUUAGACAUGGAUUAUUACAGUAGCUAUCAUAGCCUCGGUUUAACACAGUCUUUGGCGAGACAAAAAGUUGGUUUACCUGCAUUUCAUUAUGCGCGAGAUACAGGCUCUGUCACUGUUCCUCCAAUAACACCCUCAGAAGCGAAUGAAUGCACUGAAGAAUUACCUGAGGACAUAUUCAUGAACCACACUGAUCUAUCAAAAAUUGCCACACUGCCACAGAGAUUCGCCCAGCCGGAGUUUCAACCGGAGUUGUGCUCAGAUUUUUAUCCGAUUAGAAAAAUUUUGAUCCUUCGGAAAUCAGGACGUUGUUGGGUUUGUGAGCAUAACGUUUUGAAGCCUGAAAUUCAACCCAUUAGCGUAAAGCACAAACUGAACACAUCUUGCUUUUAUCAUAUGCCCGAGGUUCGGAUUGUGAGCGUGAAUCCAUUUUAUCCUGGAAAAGCAUCAAAUGUUAUCUUGAAAUUCAUUAACCCUUUUGGAUAUAAAACUAAUAUCAGCUUUGAUCGACUUGAAUCCAAGGAUGAGGAAGAAAACGCAGAUGUUAUUGUCAAAAAAAUAUCAAAGUAUGACAGAGAAGAAACUAAGUUUGGUAGAGUCAAAAAAGUGGAGGUCACUGCAUACAGCAAUAUCUACAAUCGAACCGUCGUUUUGCAACCUAAAAACUCUGCAGCAGAUUUUGAUGAUACACCAGAUUUAAUCCCUGCAGAAAAUGAUAGCAGUGUUGAUGAAAACUGUCUAUGGACAAAAAACAACAAAACAGCCAUCCGAAUCGCCGUGACGCCAAAUUCGGACUUGCAACCUGGCGACAAAGUAGUUCUAGGUUUCUCAGUAAUCUACUCUUUCUUGCAAAGUAACGCAGCUCCUGAUCUGCCUGCAGAAUUGAACUUAUCCUUUAGAAUAUUUUUAUCGUUAGGUAAUAUAGUGAUUAGUGAAGAAUCCUAACACUAAAGUUUUGUUAUUGAAGUGUUCUACACACUGAAUGUUGUAUAAAUCAGGAAUCAGUACACCAAGGAUGUUAUCUUAGAGCUUGAAUGACUCAGCCUUUCUUUACUCCCUAAUGAAAGGGCACAGAGGUCAAAAGAGUUCACUGACAUGUUUGUAAGAAUGAAUUAAUUGAUCUAUCUUUCUGAGCUCAUCAGGAUAUCAUUCAACAGUACAGAUUUAUUAAUCUCAGGCCUUUUAAAGAAAAAUUUAUCUAUCUCCAGGAUUGAUUUGGCACAUAUUUUUUUUGAACGGGAGCUUGAGUUAGGAUGCUGUUAUGCUCUACCCUUGGCGCAAAGCAGAGUCAAAAUAGUGAAUGGCCAACACAGUGGCCUCAAGCAGGUACUUUAAAUGUCUUUCCUCUUGGUGAAAAAAAAAACAAAUUUCUACCCACUUGAACAUUCAUUGUACUUUUAAUUGGUCCCAGCAAUAUGUGAGUCUCAGAAGAUUGAGGACUCCGCACCAAGAUUAGCCUAUAGGCGUAUAGGUUGU